UAACAUUUCAACAUCCCGCGUUCGGCAGCUUGUGCAAUAUCACUUCCCCCCAACUCAUUUCAUUUCUCUUCCCAUCACCGCAGUCCUGUCGCGUUCCUUCAACCUCCACUUGCACAAUCGCCACGGUCUUCAAAACCUGCGCCUCUCUCUCGGAGCUCAGAUCCAUAGUCUGAGCAAAGCAAAUUCGCUCAGCACCAAUGGGCAAUCCUUCUCUCCAUUUCAAUUUGUAGGUAACGGGUAAAACCCAAAUUGGGGUCUCUUUCUGAGUUUUGUUUUGGGGUUUCUUUUAGAUCUGAGGAUGAACACGCACCAAGUUUUGAAGACGCUAGCCCAGCACCUGUAAUUGACGGUGGUGGAGGAGUCAGAGUCAUCAGGACGCAGAGCAAGUGAUUACGGGGCGAAAGGUUUGAUCGAUUUUGAGCCCUUGAUCUUACUUUGAAGAAGAAGAAGAAUCACGCAGACACUGAGAAAGUUUUGAGGUGCUAAAUAAGAUAACUGCUACUUCACCAAAUCUCCCUGCUGUUUCUUCACUACGGCUUCUAAGGUUGCUUUGGAAUGUUAACCUUUCUUGGUGUUUUGAUUGAUUAUUCCACAAGCUAUAUGCUCAAGAUAUGGGCUUUCUGUUGGCUUGUUCACAUUCUGAUGAUCAUCUGCUAUCCAAUCACCUACCCAAUUGGAAAAGUUCUUGAUCUUGUACUUGGACAUGGAGAUGAUUUGUUCAGGCGAGCACAGUUGAAAGCCCUCGCCUCUAUUCACAACCUUGAGGCUGGAAGGGGAGGUGAACUAACACAUGAUAAGACAACGAUUAUCAGUGGAGCGCUAGAUUUAACUGAAAAGACUGCCAAGGAGGCUAUGACACCUAUUGAAUCAAGAUUGUGCUUGGAUGUUGAUUCAAAGUUAGACUGGGAAGCAAUUGGGAAAAUUCUUGCACGUGUUAGAAUGUGUUGCUGAGCUUGUAGGAAAGGGUGCUUUAGCUGAAGGAGACAAGAUCACCUUAGAAACUGCAAAGCUGUUGAGAGAGAGUUCUCCCGCGCAGGAUGCAUUUACUCCGUAUCUUUUCUUUGAUCCAUAUCUACUUUUCAUUUUGGUUGGGACUGGUAGUCACUAAUGAUCAUUUACCUGUUGUAAGGGUGGACAGAUAUGAUAAAUUCUGCCCUUUCUACAAGUCUGUUUGGAUGAUGCGGAAUAUCAUCCAUUUCUUUAAUUUAGCAAAUCAGGUGAACUAUUCUGUUCAAAUCCUUUCUUAUAUGACCUACCAUUAUGUUUGAAGAAUUCAUGUCUAUUUAGGUUGAAGCAUUUUAGGGCAAGGAAAACAGAUAAUUUUGUCUUUCCCGAUCUUCUUUCUAGGAACCAAUAUUCAAUUAAUCCCAGAAAGGUGCAACUUCAUUAGAUGUGACCCAAAGGAUUUCCUUGCCAUAAUACCGAAAAGGUGGCCGUUGUGACACAAUUUAUCAUUAUGGAGACCCAGUGCGGAUGGAGGCCAAGUCUGAACAUUAUAGCCUCCAAGAAACACCACUCAACCCUAUCAUAAGAGCCUUGGCCAUGUCAACUUUAUUAGAUGUUUAAUUAGAUAAGUGAAGGUAUCAAUGUCCACAGGCUGUAGAGAGAGCAGCUGAUAUGGAUGAUAAAAAGAUCAAUUAUAGUAUAAUUGAGCACCGUAUGGGAGAUCUCUUUUACCGUCUAAUGUCUAAAAAUUUGAGGAACCUGCUGAAGGCGAACAAGCUCUUAUGGCAAAAUUUAAGAAGCUACAUGAUUACUUGACGAUUUGAGGAUGUAACUCGAUGAUUUGACUUGCACAUUUUCUAGAUGGUUCUAGUUGCUGUUAUAAAUUGCAUGGUGAUGACAAUUGGAGUUACUGUGGAGUUACAGUGUUAGGUUUUUGUGACGCCAUUUUUGCUUUGCUUAUGUGGCGGUUGCUCUAGUUUGGAUGUGUAGUUACAAUGAUUGUAUUCAUGUCACUCCCUUCAAGUUUUUACCCAGAAUAAGAGACUAGAUGUAUUUUUUUUUUUUUUUUUUGGUUACAAGGACGCCCGAAGGGGCAGCACAAAGAAAGCAAGAAUUAACUAGAAGCCAGGAAAUUAGAGCCUACUAUUCUAGUAUGACCUCUACCAGCAAUGUCAUCGAGGAGGGUUUGAACUGCAUGAGGGGGUGGUUGAUCCCAAAAAAUUGUUCCUCUGGAGGAGUUGGUGCUGUCCUUUGCCAAAAUAUCAGCUGCAAAGUUCCGUUCCUUAUGAAUGUGGUGGAUAUGACAUAGCUCAAAUUCUUGUAUCAUGUCUCUGCAAUUUGCAAUAAGAGUCCCAAGAGGAUGACUAUCAAUUU